CCUCCCCGUACCGGUGCAUCGAGUGCAACCAGGAGGCCAGCGAACUCUACCGAGACUACAACCACGGCGUGCUGAAGCUCACCAUCUGCAUUUAAGUUUGAGGAAUUAGCACAUCUGCCUUCAUUGGUUCGCUUGAUGACUGGAAAAAUAUACCUGUUUAUGGUAAUGAAUGAAGUGGAGAAACUCUUGAGGAAAUCACCAUUUCAUGAUGCUGAAGUUCAAGAAAUCCUGCCAGAAACUUGUAGACAAAUACAUCGAGUAUGAUCCUGUUAUCAUCUUGAUUAAUGCCAUUUUGUGCAAAGCCCAAGUCUACAGGCAUAUUCUUUUCAAUACGAAAAUAAAUAUCCAUGGAAAACUCUGCAUGUUCUGUUUGCUUUGUGAAGCAUACUUGAGGUGGUGGCAGCUUCAGGACUCAAACCAGAACACUGCCCCAGAUGACUUGAUUAGAUAUGCCAAGGAGUGGGAUUUUUACAGAAUGUUUGCAAUUGCUUCUCUAGAACAAAGUGCCUUUUUUAUUGGCAUUUUUACUUUUCUGUGGCUAGAACGACUCAUGACAGCAAAAAAGCAGCCUGACUUCUUCUUGCUGCUAAAGGCAUUACUGUUAUCAAGCUACGGAAAGCUCCUGCUGAUCCCAGCUGUCAUCUGGGAGCAUGACUACACACCUCUGUGCCUCAGACUCAUCAAAGUGUUUGUGUUGACCUCAAAUUUCCAAGCAAUCAGAGUGACUCUAAACAUCACCCGCGUGCUGUCCUUGUUGGCCAUCCUGAGUGGCUUACUGCUGGAGAGCAGCAUGGUCUACUUCUUCCAGAGGAUGGAGUGGGAUGUUGGCAGUGACUGUGCUUUCUAUAGGGAUCAGGACUUCUGAAGGCCAACGGGGGAGCAGUCCCACCUGCUCAGCAGUGCCUUUCUGAAGACCUUCCUUAUCAUCUAGUCUUAUUCUCCACUGACAGGCAUGACUGUCCACCUCUGGAAGGGAAUAUAUGUCAGAGAAACCAAGUGCUUUUUCUGGUAAGGAAAGUGAGAUAAAGAUUUGGGAAGGCUUCCCGAAAAAGAAGGCCUUGGCGUGCAGUGAAAAUCCAGUCCCUUCCCUCAACCCUGGAAACAGCCAAACCAUACACACACACACACACACACACACACACACACACACACACAGUGUGACCAUGGGAGUUGACUGCGCAGCCAGUUGGACAUUGAGUUACGUAUUUUAGACUGCCCUACAAUAGUACUUGUGUUUCACACAUCACGAAAGAUCUCAAUUUUAUUCCUUUGGCAAGUUUAUAUAUUUACAUUUAAAUGUUUAGUUCUUUGGCUGCAAAUCAAAUUUUGUGUUCUUACAAUAGAAAUAGUUCGAAGGUUUUUCAGAAUAAACUUAAGUUUUUGUAAAUUUUGAGUUUAGUAACUAAGAUACUGUUUGAAAUUGGCUGAUCAAAAAACAGUACCAAGAAAACUCACUGAAUUGUUAACAUUGUUUGGAGUGAAUGUUAUUUCAAUAAAAUGUUUAUUAAAAAUAGGUAUCUUCCCUUUCACUUGUUCCUUGUUAUUUGCUUAUUCACUGUACAGACGUUUCAGACGUUUAAAUGUUUGCUGAGCGUCCCACCCUGCCUUACAGUGGUGAAUAAAAUUUAGCCCC